CUCAGAGCUCAAGUGAGCGGUGCACGGGGUGGCCCGUCCAGGGGCCAAGAACCCACAUUUCACCUCUCUCCUCUAUACAGAGGGUGGCGACCCCCUUCCAACUACUGCUACACCACCAGAUGUAAAAGCCACCCCCAGGGGCAAUAAAACUGCAGCAUUAGAGAGCAGGGGCAGCACAGGCUGGUGGUUCCUAGUAUGCGCUAAAAAUGCCUAUUUUACUUUUCCUGAUAGACACGUCCGCCUCUAUGAACCAGCGGACUUAUUUGGGUACGACGUAUUUGGAUAUUGCCAAAGGCGCGGUUGAGAUAUUUAUGAAGCUGCGUGCCCGGGAUCCGGCUAGUAGGGGCGACAGGUACAUGCUGGUUACAUAUGACGAGCCACCAUACUGCAUCAAGGCCGGCUGGAAAGAAAACCAUGCAACCUUUAUGAAUGAACUGAAGAAUCUGCAGGCAACCGGACUUACGACACUCGGUCAGGCGCUGAGGUCGUCAUUCGAUUUACUCAAUUUGAAUAGAUUGGUGUCUGGAAUCGACAAUUACGGACAGGGAAGAAAUCCUUUCUUUUUGGAGCCUUCCGUUUUAAUCACCAUCACAGACGGGAACAAGCUCACGGUUUCCUCGGGAGUCCAGGAAGAGCUUCAUCUUCCUUUGAAUUCUCCCUUGCCUGGAAGUGAACUCACCAAAGAGCCGUUCCGGUGGGAUCAGCGGCUGUUUGCCCUCGUGCUUCGUCUCCCAGGAGCUUCAUCCGUGGAACCUGAGCAACUGGGGAGCGUCCCCUCCGAUGAGUCCGCCGUCACGCAGAUGUGUGAGGUUACGGGAGGCCGUUCGUACUGCGUAAGGACUCAGCGGAUGUUGAACCAGUGUUUAGAGUCUCUGGUGCAGAAGGUUCAAAGUGGGGUCGUGAUAAAUUUUGAGAAAACAGGCCCUGACCCUGCACCCAGUGGAGAAGAUGGAGUCACAGAUUCAGUCAGAACCAUUAAUUCGUUUGCUCCACAAGCAUGGCACAGCUGCCAUAAACUUAUAUAUGUGCGGCCCAAUCCCAAAACCGGCGUUCCUGUGGGACACUGGCCAAUUCCCGAAUCCUUUUGGCCUGAUCAGAACUCUCCUACGCUGCCGCCUCGCACAGCACACCCUGUGCUGAGGUUCUCUUGUGUGGACUGCGAACCUAUGGUCAUCGACAAACUCCCGUUCGACAAAUAUGAGCUUGAGCCGUCUCCAUUAACGCAGUACAUUCUAGAGAGGAAGUCUCCCCACACCUGCUGGCAGGUGUUUGUGAGCAACAGCGGAAAGUACAGUGAAAUCGGACAGCCGUUUGGGUAUUUGAAAGCAAGCACCACUCUCACCUGCGUAAACCUUUUCGUCAUGCCAUACAACUACCCGGUACUGCUUCCGUUACUCGAUGACCUGUUCAAGGUACACAAGCUAAAGCCGACUCUCAAAUGGCGCCAGUCCUUUGAAAAUUACUUGAAAACGAUGCCUCCUUACUUUUUAUUGCCACUAAAGAAAGCGCUUCGAAUGAUGGGCGCUCCAAAUUUGAUAUCUGAAAACCUGGACUGUGGUCUUAGCUAUAGUGUGAUUUCAUAUCUGAAAAAGCUCAGCCAGCAGACUAAACUCGAAUCUGAAAGACUGCUUGCCUCCGUUGGGAAGAAGACCCCGCAGGAAACGGGGAUAAAGGUGAAAAAUAACUCCACUAAACUGUCUCUGGUUCACAUCAGAGACUUUAAGCAGCUGCUGCAGGGAAUCAGCGGUGAAGCACCCCUGCGGCCGCUAGAAGUGAACGUGAAAGAAUUUGCUGGCUUUCAAGUGGGCCUUUUAAAUAAGGAUCUAAAGCCUCAGGCUUACCGAAAUGCUUAUGACAUUCCACGCCAGAAUCUGCUCGAUCAGUUGACUAGGAUGAGGACCAAUUUACUAAAACGUCACAAGCUUAUCGUUGGGCAGGACGAAGACAGUCUCCAUAGCGUUCCCGUUGCUCAGAUGGGUAAUUACCAAGAGUAUUUGAAGCACAUGCCGUCUCCUCUUCGAGAAAUAGAUCCCGAUCAGCCAAAGAGGCUUCACACUUUUGGAAAUCCUUUUAAGCAGGAUAAGAAGGGUAUGAUGAUCGAUGAAGCGGAUGAGUUUGUAGCGGGUCCCCAGAAUAAAAUAAAGCGCCCCGGAGAAGGAAACACUCCAGCUUCCUUAAAGAGAAGACGCAGCAUGUCUCCUUUGUUACUCAGAAGGCCGCAGACACCGCCUAUAAUAACAAAUCAUGUUGGAGGAAAGGGACCUCCUGCCGCUCUAGGAAGCCCAUCUUCAUACAACUUGAUUAAGCCUAUUCCCAUAUUUAAAGAUGCCAAUAACACCCUAAUUCCAGAAGGUAACGGAGAGCGGACGGAUAAUAACGGUCAGCCCAUGGAGAAAGCGAUGGAUGGCUUGUCCCCGCUCGUAGCUCCUGCGGCUCUGGUUGAUGAAGACAUGCUGCCCAAUGACUUUGAUUCUCUAUCCGAUGAACCGAGCUGCAUACACCAGGAUAACUUAGACCACGAAACUGUCAAUAACGUGCUUGUUAAAGAGCCUUUGGAAAACUAUAUGCCACUUGGGGAUUCUGUAGGGACGCAGGAAAGGGAUUCUACGAUGUCUCUGCCGCUCUCUUUAAAAGAGAGUAUGAUUCUCGGGACAAAUGCAGACAUUAAAGUCCGGGUCAUGAAAGAAGUUCGCAAACCAGGAAGAAAUUAUCACAAAAUCUUCUCCCUGCUUGAAGAAGUACAAGGACCAUUUGAUGUCCAAAAAAGCUUUAUUGAAUUUACUAUGAAAGAAGCAGCAAGGUUUAAAAAACGAGUCUUAAUACAGCACCUGGAAAGAAUCCUCUCCGAACUGGGUCCCAGCGGUCUGCCGAACAGUGUGAAUCACGUAAACAGCAGGUAACAGUAUGCCUGGAAAAAGAGGACCAGCGAUGAGUCGCAGAAGAAAGAGGACAUGGUGACCUCCUUCAACACCUUGCACCGUGUCUCGGGACACUUUCUGGUCAGAGACAGGACAAGCAGCGGAGAGAUGUAGAGCUCUGAGCUCCAACACUUACUGUGAGGCUGUUUCUGUGUGGAGGGUGCCGCUCCGGUGAAAAGCCUGGAGAAACCAACUCUUGGUGGCCCUCCUACAGGUGAUGAGCUUACUCAUUUCUCAGUAUAGAUAGAUACACUAUGCUGUAGAGAGCACUUGAGGGAGUGAAAGGCAGAACAGUCAUCUGGUGGGUCUAGUUGGUGACCUAUACCUGGUGCGUCUGCGAGUAGACGAGGUAGCUUUCCCAAGACCCGGUCUUGUCAUUCUCAGAGUAGGCUGUAUCAGACACUAAAAGAGUCCUGCCGUUCUCUGUUGAGGAAAGCUAAAGACAGCCCUGUGACUGUACCAAAGCAAAAGUCGCUAAGCAAUCUACCUCAGACUCUCUUCUGUUUUGUCUACAGACUUUAAGAAAGUGCACCUGAGACUCCCAAGGUCCCUGACUUCUUUCAUCCUGCGAGCAGGACGGAGACUCAUCAGGUGGCCUUGCACUCGCUGUGCUUUGGAAGCACUAGAAAAGGAAACUCGUUUUUUUUAUUAAUGUAUUUGUGUUUUUUUCCCCUAAAGGUGUCAAUUUUAAUGUUCAUACAAAGACUAUUUUGGACUGUAUUGUUAGCUCAGUAAUUUGUGAUAUUUUAACUUGUAUGAAAAGGUUUUGGAACUUG